AUGAUGCACGGUGACCUUCGCGGCUUCUAUGGUGCGCCUGUUACGUACGCUUUCUCUCUUGCAGUAGGUGCUGCUAGCUCUGUCAGUUUGCUACUGGACCGUGGCUAUCUCCUAGCGCUAGACAGGGAUGCAAUCCUCAUUCGGUCUCAGUAUUGGCGGCUACUCACAAGUCAAAUGACAUUUCACCAUGGAUUGGCAGUCUCUCUUGGUCUCUACGUCGUUUUCCAAUUUCGAUUUCUUGAGCGGCAUUUGGGAUCUCGUAAAUUUGGAAGCAUUGUGGUGUAUGUGCUUCUCAUAUCAGGAGCUUUACAGCUGGCAGCUUUAACAUCGGGAUCGUCAUCGGUGGUGGAAUUGAUCCCAGGAGGACCGUACUCUGUCGUCGGAGCUCUUAGUGUUUACUUUAACAAAUAUAUUCCCAAGCUGCAACCGCAAACAUUUAGUGUAUGGGGUCUACACUUCUCGGACAAAUCGAGCACAUAUAUGCUUAUGCUGGUGUUGCUGGCGCGUGAUUAUCACGCCUUGAUUCCGUUUUUAGGUGGAUCGAUCCUGGGACUUUUGUUUCGCUCGACGCCACUUGGACGAUUGAGACUGCCAUCAUUCGUAUGCUCGAUAUUUGGUCUACUGCACCCGCUGUUUGAGGUGGUUCCUGCGAGCACAUUGGCGCUUAAACGGCAGCGGCGGGCGAUUGAAGCUCAGCGCAGACUGGAUGCACGUCUUAAUCGAGGCCGUCCAGCCCUGCCAGCCGUUGAGGGUCAAGGUUUUCGUGACCAGUUACUCCCAGGUGAUGGUGGGAUGCUGCCUGGUGGUGUCCUUGGGGUGGCCGCUGGCGGCGGCAUGUUGCCUCCUUACAUGGCUGCAGCAUCUCCGUCUGAAGAUGCGAUUCAGCAACUGAUAGCCCUCGGAUUCGAAAGAGAGCGCGCACUACAGGCACUUCAGUCCACGGACAAUAAUGUAGAGGCGGCCGCAAAUCGGCUUUUGAAUGGAUUGUAG